AUGUUAAUUGGGAUGACAACAAAUAACACAACAUUCAACCGUAAUAUAAAACAAAGCCUACCUGUGUCGACCCCGACCGGGGAAGUUCCGGAUACGUCCGACGCACCCCCGGCGGCUGUUGACACAGGACCAUUGGAGCACCAACAGGGAAGUACCUUUAACAUCCCCAUUAGCAUUCAACUUACGCAUUCACCAUCCAUCUCAGGCCAACCAGACAGAAAUCUAGAAAAUCCACCAACACAGCAAUCCCAAACGACGGGAACCACGACCGCCUCCAGCGCCCCGCAUCUUGCCGGGCCCCAGAGUAGGCGAUCUUCCCGCCUGAUCUCAAAAAUGACACCAGUAUCAGGAAAAUUAAGCGAACAACUCCUCUGCAACGAGAACCGGUUCAGGUCUCCCGAUAUCCCCGCACCUGGCGGACCACCGGGAAGAACACUCAGCCGGGAAACUCCUACUCACCAACAGCAACGAGUACGACGAGACCUCAGCCCGGUUCCCGGUUGCUCUUGGCAUCCGGUACGUUUUAGACCAUCCAGGAAUCCAGUAGUCACCAAUCGUGACGCCCACUUCCCCGUGCCGGCCCUGACCGGGGACGUUCCGCCUUGCAGCGAUGCUCCCCCGGCGGCUGCUGGUGCGGGAGGCCCGGGCUCAUCCCGGGUAAGUACCUGUAAACCCAAGCCCGAUCGAAAUCCAUCCGCCGGCAAAUUUUCGCCCCCAGGUACCACUGCCAGAAAAGGUUACAGCCCAGAAGCACGCAGCGAACAGUCUACCACCCAACAGCAGUGGCAAACUAAUCCUUGCCAAUACGGGAGCAACGGUACCCUGACCGAAGACACUACUAGCUCGACUAAAAACGUAAAUGGCCUAAACACGAGCGCCCGCUUCCCCGUGCCGGCCCUGUCCGGGGAAGUUCCGCCUAUCCGCGACGCGCCCCCGGCGGCUGCUGGUGCGGGAGACCCGGCCUCUCCCCGGGUAAGCUCGUACGAUACACUCAGUCCGGAACUGUCUGCUGUUUGUAUAUCCCUCGCAGGUACCUCCAACAAUGCCACCGAAGGUUACGGAAACACCUCGCCGAUCCACCAAGAAGCAUUCGGCGGAAUCGAAAUAAGAAGAGAAGAUGGUGAAGCGGAUUUGGACCAGCCCUCGUCUAGCCCCCAGUCUACCGCCUCUAACAUCAAUUCAACGACACUGGCCAUCCAGUGGAACACAAAUGGACUGCGAGGAUGCCUUGGCGACCUGCAAAUGAUUAUUGCUAAGACUCAGCCCAUCUGCCUGGCAUUGCAGGAGACACACAUCCGGGAUCAGACGAACCCAGCAUCGUGGUUCGGACACCGGUAUUCGUGGGACGCCGCCAGCGGGGACAACAUCUACCGGACGGUGGGGCUCGCCAUUCGGGUCGAUAUACCGUCCCGGCCGAUAACUUUGGAUACCGAACUAAUAGCCGCUGCCCGAAGGAUCGAAUAUCCAGUUCAGUGCACCGUUAUAUCCCUAUAUAUUCCUGGCGGAACUCGGAACGUGGGUUGCAAACUCCAGCGUCUCAUCGACCAAGUUGAGACACCAUUCAUCAUCAUGGGAGAUGUAAAUGGGCAUCAUACGAUGUGGGGCUCACGUCUGUGUAAUAAGACAGGAAACGACAUCGCCGGAGUAGUCGAAAACAACGACGCGGUCGUUCUCAACGACGGCAGUUCAACAUUUAUCCGCGGACAGACGGAAUCCACCAUCGACGUCACUAUCUGCUCGGGAGUGCUGGCAGGAUGUUGCGGGUGGACUGUUCUUGCCGACCCAUGCAACAGUGACCACUUCCCUAUCCAAGUUACGUACGCCCAGACGCCACCUGCUACAACCCGUCGAAGGCGGUGGUUUUACGAUCAGGCGGACUGGUCGCGCUAUGAAGAGAUCGUCGACGACCUUAUGAAUCGGGACGAGUCAUACACUCCGGAUGAACUCACCAAAAUAUUCAGUAAGGCCGCUGUUUCCUGUAUUCCCAGGUCAAGUGGUAACCCUCCCCGACAGGCAGUGCACUGGUGGUGCCCAGAAGUCAAGAGAGCCAUCAGAGCACGCCGAACUGCGCUGCGGACACUAAAGAAGACUUCUAUGGACGAUCCACACCGAAGCCAGCGAGCUGAUGACUUCAGAAAGGCCAGAAACGAGGCCAGGAAAGCGAUAGAGGAGGCAAAAAACACCAGCUGGACUAGAUUUUUGGAAGGCAUAUCUCCUGACUCAUCGACUACAGAACUCUGGCGGAGAGUUAACGCUCUAAGCGGAAAGCGGCGGCAUAGUGGCUACGCCAUCGCCGUUAACGGGUGCACGACGAUCGAUCCCACGACCAUCGGUAACGAACUAGGUAAACACUUCGCCUCCCUAUCCGCAGACACCGCCCUACCAGCCGCGUUCCUGCGAAUCAAGCGAAGGGCUGAGAGCAGGCCCGUUCGUUUCGAACCUGAUUCAGGUCAAGUAUACAACCUACCUUUCACCGGAAGCGAACUAUGUACGGCACUAGAAUCGGUACACGGCAAGUCUGCCGGAUUGGAUGACGUUGGUUAUCCUCUACUUCGACAUUCCCCACCAGUAGCCAAGCGGGCGAUUUUGGACAGUAUUAACCGCAUCUGGAGCGGGGAACCGAUGCCCGCUUCAUGGAAACAAGCCCUAGUAAUCCCCAUCCCAAAGCGAUGUCAGGGGAGCAGAACGCCAGAUGAUUUCCGCCCAAUCAGUUUACUCCCCUGCUUUGCCAAGACAAUGGAGCGAAUGGUCAACAGACGGCUGGUGGACCUACUGGAGGAGCGAAAACUUCUGGAUCAUCGCCAGUUCGCGUUCCGACGUGGAGCAGGAACCGGUCUCCACCUCGCCAGCUUCGGAGAGGUGGUACGCCAAUCCGUAAACGACGGCCUGCACGCCGACAUCGCGAUACUCGACGUUGCGAAGGCAUAUAAUACCGUGUGGCGUCAUGGAGUACUGCAACAGCUGGCCAACUGGGGGAUCACCGGACAAAUGGGCCGCUUCCUAAGCGACUACCUAUCCGACCGUACCUUCCGCGUAGGAAUAGGGGGUGCCCAAUCCAACGCCUUUCCGGAAGCCAACGGCGUCCCCCAGGGAUCCGUUCUCGCUGUAACAUUGUUCCUGGUGGCCAUGAAUUCUUUGUUCGCCAACCUGCCGGCUGGAAUAUACGUUUUUGUCUACGCCGAUGACAUCGUGUUGGUCUCCAUAGGAAGGACAAUCGGGCGAACCCGUCGAAAACUUCAAGCUGCCAUAAGCGCGGUGAGCCGAUGGGCAGUAUCAGUCGGUUUUAACAUGGCACCCGCAAAAAGCGUAAUUACACACUGCUGCAACAAAAACAACAUUGCAACAGGGAGGCCGAUCCUUCUGGACGGGGCGGUCGUUCCUUACCGUAAGGAACCGAAGAUCUUGGGGAUAACCGUGGACCGUCGGCUCACUUUCGCGCCACACUUCCAACGUAUCAAAGCCGACUGCCGGAGCCGGUUGCGACUAAUUAAAACAAUCUGCUCCCGGCACAAGCGCUGCAAUCGAUACACCGCAUUGAAUAUUAGCCAGGCCCUAGUUCACAGCAAGAUAUUCUACGGGGUUGAGCUGACAUGUUGCAAUACGGAAGGACUUACCAACAUUUUAGGCCCGCUAUACCACGGAACAAUUCGUGCCGCCUCUGGGCUGCUACCCAGCACGCCUGCUGAGGCGGCCUGCAUGGAAGCCGGGAUUCUCCCCCUUCGUUGGGCGGCUGCACUCACCAUAGCUAGAAGAGCAUUGGCAUUUUUAGAACGAACCUCCGGAGAGGACUGCUUCCUGCUACAGACAGCUAACGAGAUCCACCAGGAAUACACAGACGUGGAUCUGCCACUGAUCGCCCGCUUACACCGAGUUCGUGACCGGACCUGGCACGUCCGCGGACCCAACCUAGACACAAGUCUGUCUGCAGAACUGAGGGCCGGCGCAGCUGGCAGUGAAGCCAGAGCCAAAUACAAUCGUCUAAUGGCUACCAGGUAUAGCAAUCACGUGCGGAUUUUCACCGACGGCUCCAAGAUUGGCGAUGAGGUCGGUAUAGGAGUAAGCGGAAUAGGGGAAGGACUCUCCUUUCGCCUACCAGCACAAUGCUCGGUUUUCUCAGCGGAGGCGUCAGCUAUCGCCCUCGCUAUGGUCCAGAAACCGGAGGAUACACCCGUCGUCUUGUUGUCGGAUUCUCUAUCAGUCAUCUCCGCCCUCGAGUCGGGAAAAUCCCGCCACCCCUUCAUCCAGGCUAUCGAGGCCGAGUACGACCCACUCACAACAAUCUGCUGGGUCCCCGGUCACUGUAGCAUCGACGGUAACGAAAGGGCUGACCGAUUGGCGGCCAGAGGGAGACACGCCCGCCGACACCUCACCAGACUCGUCCCAGCCGCAGAUAUAUUAGGCAAGUUGAAGCUAAAGAUAGCCGAAAGUUUCGUGCGUCAUUGGCGCAGCAAUAGCGGACACCUCCAGCGCAUCAAAGGCUCGCUCGACCGCUGGACGGAUCGGAUCGACAGAAGAGAACAACGAGUACUGUCGCGACUCAGAGUUGGGCAUACAAAAGUCUCCCAUGCCCACACCGUAUCGCGUGUCCCUCCACCAACAUGUGUCACAUGCGGAGUCCGAACCACGGUGGAACAUAUCUUAGUGAACUGUCCGGAGUACAGUGACCUCCGACAGCACCAUAAUCUACCGAACUCCAUUAGAGAGAUUCUUGCCAACGACCACGCCCGAGAGGAAGUGCUACUAUCUUUUCUCAAAAAUGCGGGACUUUUCGACCUUCUCUGA